CGUUUUCUCUCCUCAGCGAGGACGUCGUUUUCCAUCCAGACUAGAGGAGGAAAAAACUGCAGAAAGAGAACAGGAGCCUGACGGAGGGUUGGCAGGAAAAAAGGGGAAUCCUCAGCUGCUUCACCGGGAUACCACAGACAACAGCGGUGGUUGCCAUUGCUUCCUUUACGGUUAAUCAGUGACUGAAGAGGUUGAUGAUGUUCUCCUGAAUCUCCCCACUCACAACCCUCCACACCCUUCGUCCUCCUCACGUGCUCAUCUACAUCACCACCUUCAUCAUGAACCACACUCCCAGUCCCCACCUGUCAGAAGGUGGCAAGUCAGCUGGAGGCGGGCUGCUGUGCAGCCUGGGUCUGGGGCCAGACAGGGGCAUUCGCUCCCCAGAUAGCCUUACCCACACUCCCAGCCCCACAGGCGGAACCCCUAGCUCCAGCCCUCCACUGCUGCUGUCACCUGGGCUGGGAGCCCUUGGUCUGGGAUCCCUCGGGGCCAUGGGUGAAGGAGCUGGGGCCGACUGGGAGAGCAGGGAGGAGCUAAGGCUCAGGGAGCUAGAGGAGGCUCGGGCCCGAGCAGCCCAGAUGGAGAAGACCAUGAGGUGGUGGUCAGACUGCACCGCCAACUGGAGAGAGAAAUGGAGCAAGGUUCGUGCGGAGCGUAACCGAGCGCGUGAUGAGGUUCGUCAGCUGCGACAGCGGCUGGACACCCUCACCAAGGAGCUGACCAGUGUUCGGCGGGAGCGGCAGGAACUUGCCUCAGAAAAUGAAACGCUACGGCAGCAGACGCUGCGUCUCCGUGGCGACCACGCUGCUCCUCCUCCAUCCGCCACUUCUCCCUCUUCCUCUCCUGCGCGCCAUUGUGGUGCUUCCUCAACCUCCUCUCCAUCUAUCCCUCCUUCCUCUCCUGCUUCCUCCUCCUCUUCCUCUCAGGUUCACAAUGACAACAAGCUGGACAGGGUGGGUGAGGCACCACCAGGGUCUCCAGAACCAGAGCCAGUAAGGGAUGUGGACUUGGACAGACAAAGGCUAGGUCAGCAAAAGGACUUGGAGCUGCUGGAGUCUGUCCUGCGUUCCAGGGUCCCGGGCGCUGACAGUCAGGAGGCCUGGGACAGUCGUGGUUGUAGUGGCGGUGUUAACAUGGCCAGCUCACGCUCAUCCUCUGGUCUGAGCCGGCAGGAGCGCAGCAGGCAGCUGUGGGAGGACAUGAGCACAGCAGAGGAAGACUCCAGCAAACUCAACGCCCUGCAGCUUCGCCUGGACGAGUCCCAGAAAGUCCUGCUGAAAGAGAGAGAAGACAAACUUGCUCUGAGUAAGAGCAUUGAGAGGCUGGAAGCUGAACUCAGUCAGUGGAAACUUAAAUAUGAGGAGCUCAGCAAAAGCAAACAGGAGGCCCUCAAACAGCUGAAUCUACUAAAGGAAAUGCACCAGGACGAACUCGGCCGCAUAUCUGAAGACCUGGAGGAUGAACUGGGAGCUCGAACCAGCAUGGACAAGAAACUAGCUGAACUACGAGCUGAGAUGGAGAGGCUGCAGGUGGAGAAUGCUGCAGAGUGGGGGCGUAGGGAGCGCUUGGAAACUGAGAAACUGGCCUUGGAGAGGGACAACAAGAAGCUGAGGGCUCAGGCUGAAGACCUGGAGGAGCAACUAGCCAAGAAACGCCGACAGGCUGCCUCUGCACUUGACACAGACCUCAAGGCCAUCCAGAGUGAACUAUUUGAGAGAAACAAGGAGCUGGCUGACCUUCGCCACAUUCACGCUAAGCUGAAAAAGCAGUUCCAGGAGAAGACAGCAGAGCUCGCCCACGCCAACCGGAGAGUGGAGAGUCACGAGGCCGAAGUCAAAAAGCUGCGACUGCGGGUGGAGGAGCUUAAGAAAGAGUUAGGACAAGCAGAGGAUGAGUUGGAUGAGUCUCAUAACCAGACCAGGAAGCUGCAGAGGUCUCUGGAUGAGCAGGUGGAGCAGACUGAGAACCUGCAGGUACAAUUGGAACACUUACAGUCAAGACUGCGGCGGCAGCAGCAGAGUCCUGGUCUGUUUGGGAAAAUGCGAUCAGCUCGGUUUAGUCCUGAAAACCCAGAGGGUCCGACCAGCGACAUGGAUGAGGAGGAGGAGGAACUACAGCUCCAGAUCCCAUGACACACACAUACAUACGUACAGUGACACAGGAUAUACUGUAUUAUUACACAAACAUCAGCAGUCACACAAAGAUGGUGAAUGUUGUUUCUCUGGAGGAAAAACCUCUGUCUAUAUUCUCCAGAAAUGCCAAAUGGUUUUGUUACGGGAAACAGCACCGUCGCCUUCUCAACCAGCAAGUUUUUUAAAGGACCAACCCAAAACUUUUGGAAACAUUUCAUCCAAAGUCAGAUCAAAAUAUCAGUGUUCGCUUAUUUGCUCAGCUGAUUGCUAACCAUAUUAAUGAUAAAUAAUCGAUGUGUCAUUAAAAAACAAAUAGUAGAAAAAUCUGCUCAAAGAAACCACAUAAUUCAUCUGGAGUUUAUACAUGAAAAUCUGAGGGGACAAAGUUUCCACUCAGCGGCAAGAUGAUAAGCACAUACCUUACCCACACACAAUGUCUUAUACACACUCAAACCCAGCAGGAGUGUGACUGAUAUUAACAGGAUGUCUGAACAGUUUAAUACUUAAUGAGAGGAUCUUUCUUCAAUGAACUUGUUGACAAACUUCCUCCAAACCACAUUAGCAGAGGCUGACACAUCAUCCUUUCAGUGUAGUUACUCAUUCUUAGCUCAUACAUCUCAAGCAUUGCAGCUGUCUCAUCUGAACUGUGCUACUGUAUUCAGACAAUCCUCAACCCCACAUCUCCAUCACCUGUAUUAAUACUUGAAACAUAGCUGACAGCUAUGAGGAAAUUUCCAACUUAGCUUGAAAGUGAAAUAUCACAUGGAAAUAUCAGUCAUUUUAGGAAUAUACAUCUUAGUAAAAUAGUCUGCCACAUUUUAACCACUAUUUGUAAAUGUGAGUAUUUCUCUCAGAAAUAUUGAAGAUUCAAAGUCUGCAAGUUGGAUAGAAUUUCAACCACAGUAUGUGGAGAGCAGAGGCUUCCUAACUGUCCAGGUCUUCUGGUUGUUACUCAUCAAUCAGUCUCUGUUCAAGCUGACCAGCUCCACUUUGCUCCAUAUUGAAUUUAAUUCCAAACCUAUUUAACCCAAGUUACACUUUGGGUGUAUGAGUUUGACAACAGUAAUUAACCAACACAGAAUUUCAGCCCAAAAGCACCAAACUUAUAUGGCUUCUGCUAGCAAAUAAACCACAGGUUUAGUGGCAGUGCACACUAAAAGUUCACGGGCUGGUAAAGUGAUAAAAUGUUGCACUCUUGUCUGAAGACGACACCAGAACAUUGUCUCCAGUUAUAAGUAGUAUCAUAAGUCUCUGUAUUUAUCUGCCCACCACUACACUUAUUGUAUGCAUUUUAAACAUGAGGGAGUUGAAUGAACUGUAAAUAGAAAGUACUUCCAUCACAUACUGCAGUGUUUGAGGGAAAUGUAAAGCAGAUAAAAUAGGAGUAAAGGUUAUGUAACUAUUAAGUCUGAUCAGUUCGUGCUGUAGUGGUUUGCCAGCAUGACUGAAGCUGCUCUCUUUCUGGCAUGACCUGGCUUUAAUAUGGACUGAACUGAAAAUGGGAUAUUCAAGGAUCCAGCGGUAUUGUGCUUUAAGAGGAAGCAACUUAAAGCAAAAUAGUGACCCUUAAUGCUUUCAAGAUUCAAAGUUUAGGUUUGGGUUAGGUCUGAGUUUUUGAAAUUUGAAAUUAUCUGUAUAGUCAUCACAGCUAGACUAGACACAUCUAGAGCUAUAGUACACAGAUCAGUAUUCCAGACAGCAAAAUCUAGAAAUACAUCCAAAGUUCUGUUGUCUGAGUUUGGGUGUGCAGGCAUGUUUUUUUAAUGCAGUGUUUAUGCUGAUAUUUUACAGUAUUACAAUCCUCCUGGAACAAAUCCCUCAAAUCCCAAAUAUUUAUGUCCAGUAAUUCCCACAGGACUAUAUUCAGUCAGGUUAGAAAAGCUGCCAAACCAGUAUUCAGACCAUCACAGGAUAAUGAAACACUUGUUAAAACCCAGCCCAAUAAAAUUCCUAUAGGUUUAAUACCCCCAGGCUCCCGCAAGACAACCCAUGUAUUCAACAGUAGGGGGAGUUUGGAUACACUGGGUGUUGGACUGAAGAGUUAAUUUAUUUGUGCAAAGCUUUGCUGGGCUAAAUCUCCUGUCUGUGGAAGAGCUUCAGUCUGUCGGCGGAUAGAUGCAGUUGUGAAAGCAAUACACCACUCAUUAAUCCUCCACCAUCACACCAUCACUCUGCCUCGGCCUCAACUCUGACGCUGGAAGGGGACCAAGAUAUUUUUACUGAUCAGGAUUCUGAACUAUUUAUGUUGUUGUUAUGGUUUAGUUUUUAUAAAUGAUCUGUACUACAGUCGUUUUGUAUUAGCUCUAUAAAUGUCAACUGUACAUAUGAAGAAA